AUGUGCAAAAAACUGGUUACGCUGGAUGGGUGCCACCUGAAGGGGCUAACCAAUGCCAUUCGUAUCGAGUUUCCUGAGAGCUGGAACCGGUUCUGCAUGUAUCAUGUGUUCAACAAUAUCCGCACCAAGAAGAUUGCAGUCAAUGACUUGGACAAGACGACAAUUUACGGCGUAGCAGACGCACGUUCCAAGGAUGCGUUCGAAUCGUCGAUGCUCACGCUCAAGGCCAAUCUUCCCCGGGCGUACCAGUACCUCGUCGACAUUCAACCUGGAAGCGAAGGAUGGGUUCAGUAUUAA